AAAGAAAAUAAAAAAAUUCAUAGCUGAGCAGUCAGAGCAGAAGCCAUUUGUUUUCAAGUAAAUGCUAGUGUAAACAUGACCCCUCAGGAAUGAUGUGACCCGCUCUUCUUUCCACUACACUUUAAACUAUGGUCGUAAUAUUUUUUUCUUUUAUGGUUUGCUGCAGUCGGGUCCUGUUAAUGUUGAGCAAACUCGUCAAAUCCUAGCUAUACAGGGCAUUAAAAUAAGCAGUCUUGCAGUAGAUUGAUCUAACUGUGGUUUGGACCUUAACUCAUUUAGCUAACGCCAUCUUACCCCAAAUGUCUAAACUAGAAGUACUUUAUGACCGUGGCUUCCAACAUUGUAUUCCCGUGUCUUAUUUUGACAGAGACAUUCCUGUUCCCAUUAUAAUUCUUCUAAAAAAUAUAUAUGAUUAAAAGUUAAAUGAUGUGUAUGUUAGUCUUGUAGUCAUGUUAUGAUGAUAAACCUGGAAAUAAUGCGAAUGCGUAUGAGCAUGUAUUUUCUAGUUCUAGUACAUUCUGAGGGUUGGCUGUUGGCUUAUAAUAAUGAUAAAGACUUAUAAUUUGGCUCAUGGAAUAUUUUUUACAUUAUUAUUUUCUAUUAUUAUUUUAAGUUGUCAUCGGAACACCAUUUUUGCAUAAUGCCAGUGGUGCAAAGUUGAGGUUUUGUCUAAAUGGUAGACUACAAGUGUUCUAAAUGUUCACGGGGGCUGUGACUGUAGUCGUAACGCAUUUCUGAAGACACUGAACCCUGGUUUAAGUUUUUGUGUUCAUAGUGUUAUCCCUAAAUGUAUCUUUAAUGUAUAUAUGUGAUCAUAUAUAUCUAUAUAUAUGAUGUCUAAUAUAUGUGAUCACGCAUAAGCUUCUAUCUUGCAAUAGAUAUUCAAAGUGUUCAUUUAUGUUUUAUUGAAGCAUGGCUGUGUCAUUACCCUCCCACUCCCAUUUUAUGUUCUUAUGGCUUUGUUUUUAUGUUACUGUGGCUUUGGUUUUGAUUUUAUUGGUUUACUAGAACAAUCACUUGCCCUCAAUCUCGAUUGAAAACUCAGUAGUUUGUUCAAACCUUGAAAUGGAAAUAAGUUUGAGGGAGAACCAUGUAACACCAGUGUUGUAAUUUGCAGUUUGAUGUAGAAUCACCCCUUUGAUGCCUGUAACUUGCUGUCAAAGUGCUACUGCAUUACAAUAAGCAAAAUAAAGACAUUUCCAGAAUUAAGGGUGAUUGGUUUCAGUACAUCUUUCUUUUCAGGUGUGUGUAUAUACUGAACAUCAAAAAUGACCCCUAGAAUCUGGACAGGACCUGUGACCUUCCUUUGGGAUGUUGGGAGCUGCACUAACACAGGAUGUUGGAAAUGUUCGCCAUCAGAGGGGAAAAGGAAGUUGCGUGGGGAUUGUUCCCUGAUGCACAGUGUAAAGGAAGUUGUGUGGGGUGAUCUCUGGGUAAACUCAGUAUAAGCACAUUUGUGUGUAGGUUUUUUUUUUUUCUCUAAACGGGUGCAUAAAAGUUCGCAUGAUCAUGGUAUACUUGCACAUAUUCAUUAAUGGUAGAAAGCUGCGCGUUGGCUGCCUCCCCAGUCUUGUGUUAAAGGGCCCAUGUGAAGUGGUCCAUAUUGUAUGUAAUUAUUCUCUUUAAAUGUGUCUUCUUUCGUUGCACUUUAGUGCGUACGUAGUGGUUUUGGCUCAUAUUGAAAGUUGACAAGAAGCCUUUUUUGCAUCGAUGCUCAUUCAGUCCAGAGUGAAUUGAAUUGACCCCUUUUGUUGUCCCAACUGUUCCCUUCUCAUUCUAUCGUACCACUCAGGAAGUUCUGUUAUUGUAGUGUUUGAUCUACUGGUAUGCCGUCCAAUGGCAUUCAAGAGCGUAACCGGAUAUCCAACAAAAAGAAGAGUUGAUUAAAUGUAACCAAUGGUGUAGAAUGGGCGCGGUUAGCUGUCAAAACAGGUUAAUCCUCCCUUUCGCCCGGAUUUCCACCUGGUUGGAGAGAGAGGUGGACUAAAGUUGGCGAAAUGUUGAGUUUGGGGAGCGGUGGAGGGAAACAACCUGCCAAACCGUCGUUCGUGUCUUAUGUUACACCCGAGGAAAUUAAUUCGGAAAAAGAACCUCCUAAAAAGGAGAGGAACCCUGAUUUGUUGCCAGGUGAAGUGGUGUUCUGUAGUGCCAACCCCAUCCUCAAGUACACGCAGGAUGAACUCUCCCAGCGCGGCGUCUUCGGCACGCUGGUCUGCACCAACUUCCGCGUCUCCUUCAUCAGUGAUGAAGCCCAAGCGGAGGACACGACCCAGCACUUUAAGAAUAAGCUGUAUGGGGAGAAUGAUAUCCCUUUGAUGUGUGUGGAUCACAUCUAUGGAGGAUAUGAUGACAAGAAGAAAAUGAUAACAGGUCCCCUGUUGAAGAAUAAGUAUCCCUCAAAAAUCAUCGUUCACUGCAAAGAUCUUCGCGUUUUUCAGUAUUGUUUAACCUACACAGAUGAAAAAGACGCCAAGAAGAUUUUCCAAGGGGUUGUGCACCACUGCCUGGAAUCAAAGUCUCUCAAGUGUGUGUUUGCCUUUUCUUACAGGGCCCACAAAGCAGAAAUGCAGAGGAAAGGGAGAACAGUGAUGUUUGACUCCAUAGAUGACUGGAAUCAAGAGAUGAAAAGAACGAAAGGAACGUGCAAAUUAGUAACAGAAAACCAAUCAUUUGAACUCUUUGAAAGAUUGCCACAGUAUUUUAUUGUUCCUGCAACUGUGACCGAGGAGGACUUCCAGAUUGCCAAAAAAUUCAAUGGAAAAGGUUUACCA